CUCCCUCAUUCCUCUCUCCCCCCCCACUGCAAAAUUCUCGUUGUCAAUAAAGCUUCUCGUUGUUCACAAUGGCGGCGCCCAUCUCCCGUGGCCUCUGGAGGCUCCGGGUCCUGGGCUGCCGGUCUGGUGGGGCGUCCGCGCUCCGGGUCCUGGGCUCCCGAUCUGGUGGGGAGUCCGGUCUCCGAGUCCUGAGCUCCCGGUCCGGGAUCCAGAUCCUGGGCGGCUCCGGUGGAUCCCGGGGGAAGGAGACGGGGACCGGUCCCGGCGCCGGGGCCUGUGCGUUGGGUCUCGGCUUAGGCGUGGCGGCGGCUGCGGGGUUGCUGUUCCUCCGGGGCCGGGAGCAGGGGAAGCUAAAUCCGGGGCCAGACCACAGUCUCGGCCUCUCCGCCCUCCUCCUCCCCACUGUCAACGCCGCCCGGCCCGUUCCCCCUGACAGCCCCCGGUUCAGGUUCAACUUCAUCGCCGACGUGGUGGAGAAAACGGGUCCGGCGGUGGUUUACAUCGAAAUCCUGGGGAGGCACCCCUUCAGCGGCAGGGAGAUGCCAAUCUCCAAUGGUUCGGGCUUUGCCGUGUCCCAGGACGGUCUGAUCGUCACCAACGCCCACGUGGUGGCCAACAAGCGGAGGGUGCGGGUGAAGCUAGCCAAUGGAGAGGCGUACGAAGCCACCGUUCACGCUGUGGACCAGCUGGCCGACAUUGCUACUAUCAAAAUCAACCCCCGGGAGCCACUGCCCACGCUGGCACUGGGAACGUCCUCGGAGAUCCGACACGGAGAGUUCGUGGUUGCCAUGGGCAGUCCCUUCGCUCUGCAGAACACCAUCACCUCUGGAAUCGUCAGCUCCGUACAGAGGGGGAGCCGGGAACUGGGGAUGGGACACUCGGACAUGGAAUAUAUCCAGACAGAUGCCUCCAUUGAUUUCGGAAACUCUGGCGGACCGCUGGUGAACUUGGACGGGGAAGUGAUCGGAAUCAACACCAUGAAGGUGACGUCAGGAAUCUCGUUCGCUAUUCCUUCAGAUCGUGUCCGACAGUUCCUGGUGGAGACGCAGCAGAAGAAAAGGUCGUGGUUCCAGUCAGACACGAAGCGCCGUUACAUCGGGGUCAUGAUGCUGACCCUCAACCCCCAGAUCCUCGGUGAGCUGAAGCAGCGGGAUCCCAGAUUCCCGAACGUUUCCUAUGGUGUCCUGAUCCACAAGGUCAUCAUCGGCUCUCCGGCCAACCUUGCGGGAAUGAGGCCGGGCGACAUCAUCCUGGAGAUUAACGGGCAGCAGGUGAAGUCGUCGGAGGACGUGUACCGGGCGGUUCACCGGGAGAGCUCCCUCACCGUGGUGGUCCGCAGGGGCUCAGAGGAGCUCAUGAUCAACAUCGUACCCGAGACCACCGAGUGAGGGCAGGGGUCAGGUCCCACUCUCCACCCUCCCUGCCCGCCUGGGAACGCCAGACACUGGGGAGGCCGGGUGCUCAGUGUCAACACCCUGACCCAGAUCGAGGUCACAGUUUGGGGCAAGUGGGAGAUCAGGGCCCAGGCAGAGGGGUCAAGGGGAGGGUUGGAGGUCAGACAGGGGUCAAGGGGAGGGUUGUAGGUCAGACAGGGGUCAAGGGGCAGGUUGUAGGUCAGACAGGGGUCAAGGAAAGGCUUGGUCAUACAGGGGUUGGGUGCCAGGCAAAGAGGUUGCAGGUCAGACCAAGGGGGGGGAGGUCAGUGUCAGAGAGAUCACAGAAAGGGUUAGGGAUAGUCGAGGAAGGAGCGAGGGGG